CUCCUGGCAGCGUGCAGAAGAUUUGUACAAACACUUCCUCUCUGGAAGAAGAAGAAUGCACGACCAGGCUGCCUGUGGUCCAUCUCGGAGCGCUGGAGGGGUGUGCCCACGCUUAUGAAAGUGCCCAGGAGGAUGAGGCCCCAUUUGCACCAGCCGAGGCCUGGGCCAAGCAACAAGGGACCCUGGCCCAGGGCCUGGGUGCUGUGUAUGGACACCCCUGCUUCCUGGGGGACCCGGCCUCUCUGCCCCCACAGGACGCGCUUGCUCUGGGCUCCCGGGAGGUCCUUCCUUGCCCUAGUGCUGCUGGUUUCCAUCAAGCAAGUUACAGGAUCUCUGCUUGAGGAGACAACUCGGAAGUGGGCUGACUACAAGGGGAAGUGUCUGCAGGACUUGCUGAAGGAACCUUCCGGUGUAUUUUGCAACGGAACAUUUGACCGGUACGUGUGUUGGCCUCAUUCACCCCCUGGAAACGUCUCUGUCCCGUGCCCUUCGUACCUGCCUGGGUGGAAUGAAGAGAGCCCAGGAAAGGCCUACAGACACUGCCUGGCUCGGGGGACUUGGCAGACACUAGAGAACACCACAGACAUUUGGCAGGAUGACUCCGAAUGCUCCGAGAAACACAGCUUCAAACCAAACGUGGAUCAUUAUGCCUUGUUGGCAACCCUGCAGCUGAUGUACACCGUGGGCUACUCCGUGUCUCUUGUCUCCCUCUUCCUGGCGCUUAGUCUUCUCUUGUUUCUUAGAAAACUCCACUGUACUCGCAACUACAUCCACAUGAAUUUAUUUGCAUCAUUCAUUCUGAGAGCCGUGGCUGUGCUGGUGAAGGACGUUGUCUUCUCCAGCUCCUACUCCAGGAGGCCCGACGACGAGAGCGGGUGGAUGUCCUACCUGUCCGAGGUGUCCACCUCCUGCCGCUCUGUCCAAGUCCUCCUGCACUACUUUGUAGGCGCCAACCACUUAUGGCUGCUGGUCGAAGGCCUUUACCUCCACGCACUGCUGAAGCCCACAGUGCUUCCUGAAAGGCGGCUGUGGCCCAGAUACCUGGUGGUGGGCUGGGCUUUCCCCGUGCUGUUUGUUGUCCCCUGGGCUGUUACCCGUGCGCUGCUGGAGAACAGCGGGUGCUGGGCCACAAACACGAAUACGAAAAUCUGGUGGAUCAUCCGAGGACCCAUGCUGCUCUGUGUCACCGUCAACUUCUUAAUCUUCCUGAAAAUUCUCAAGCUUCUCAUUUCUAAGCUCAAAGCUCAUCAGAUGUGCUUCAGAGAUUAUAAAUACAGAUUGGCAAAGUCAACCCUGCUCCUCAUUCCUUUGCUGGGUGUUCACGAGAUCCUUUUCUCUUUCAUCACUGAUGACCAAGUCCAAGGACUUCCCAGACGUAUACGACUGUUCAUUCAGCUGACACUGAGCUCGUUCCAUGGGUUCCUCGUGGCCUUGCAGUAUGGCUUUGCUAAUGGAGAGGUGAAGGCCGAGCUGUGGAAGUCCUGGGUCCGCUUCUUGCUUGCCCGACACUCAGGCUGCAGGGCCUGGGUCCUGAGGAGGAACUUUCGUUUCCUGGGGAAGUGUCCCAAGAAGCUCUCAGAGGGAGAUGGCACCCAGACAAUUCACAAGCCGCAGGCCUCAUCAGACAGCUCACAUCUGACCUCUCAGGCCCUGGCAGGGCUGAACACCCGGCCCCACCAGGGCCACAGAGUCUGGCCCCGGGGCAUCAGCCUGUCCGAGAGCAGCGAGGGGGACUUCACCCUGGCCAACACCACGGAGGAGAUUCUGGAAGAGAGUGAGAUCUAAGGCAGAAGACCCCACUCCAGCUCUGCAAACUGAGGGCUCCUGAGAAGGACAAGGACAUGGCAGGGCAGAGAAUGGGGGUGACCUAGUACCGAAUCCUCCUUUCUGAUCGGGCUCAUCUGGAUGUGAGGUCAAGAUCCAGGUCCUUCAAGCUCUGUAUGAACGGAGCUGUGUGAUGGUCAUAGCUUCCGUCCACCUCAAGUCACCCUUUUAACCCCCACCAGUGUGUUUCCCAGAAGGACCACCAGUCUGGGGCUCUGGUCCGCACUUCAAAUGAAUGGAGCCCCAGCAUGCAGAGAAGCCUCUUGUUAACUAGAGUCUAGCCAGGAUUUCUUGCUUUUCCCCUCCUGACACACAGUUUCUUUUGGAGGUUUGGUUUAGGAUGCAUGAGACCUCCCUAGGACAUGCCGGAUGUCAGGCUUGUGGCAGACAGUCUAAAGGAAUGAAUUUUGGAUGAUGCUGGCGAUUGGAACUGUCGAACCAGCCCCUCAGGAAUUCUGACACAAGCCUGCCCUUGGAAAACACGGCAGAGUGUGAGAGAGUGUUUUGCUGGCUCAGAAACCUUCUGAAUGUCAUCCACAGUCCUCUCUGGCUCCACCUGCCCUUCUGAGCUCGACUUCUCCAAGCCUGACCCGCUUGACAUUCCUCAGGCCUGGGAGACACCCUCUCUGCUGGGCUGGCCGCUGAUGAAUUGACGACAGUGCCUUCCGCUCUGACUGUUGAUCCACCACUGUCCCUGCCCUCGGGCCCUACCGGUAAGAACUGGACUUUCCAGGCAGACAUCACAGAGUAGCCUUGAAAGACAGAGAGUACCCAGGUAAAGCAAUAGGACUGUCGCACCGAGAGGUCCGUGGCUGUGUCAAGUGGGCCUGUGGAACCCGUCCUGCCUGUGGGAAAUGUGAGCUGUGUACGAGAGUCUGACCUGGGGAGGUUGGGGGGUACCAGGCAGUAGAGGUCGGAUGCAGUGGCGGAGUCCCAAGAACAGCUUAAGGCAGUGCUGUUCACAUCUAGGAGCGUCGCUUUUGCGGUGGUAAAAAUGUACGUGCAAGAGGAGGAAGUUAUGUUGCUGUGGAAAUAAGUACUGUUGUGUCUCGAGUGUGGGAGUGGGUGAGUGUGAUGCUUUUGUGCAGGGCUGACAGAUUCAGAAAAGAAGAAAAAUAAAAACUGAGCUGCAUGUGGGGGAAUUCACCUAUAAUCCCACAUUUUGAGAGGCUGAGGCAGGAGGACUGCAAGUUUGAGGCCAACCUGACCAAUCUAGUGACUAAGCAAAACCUUGUCUUCAAAUAAAAAAUAAACAAUGUUGGGAAUAUAGCUUCAUGUGAAGGCCCUGGACUCACCCCUAGUAUUGCACAAACAUGAUACUGGAUUGCAUUUGAAUGUCAGACAAUCAAAUCGUCCUGGUGUAUAAGUACAUGCCACGGGGUACACAUCAUGUGAAGUUUGGGUUUAAUCACACACCCUGUCUUUUACCCAUACUGCUUACUCUCACCUUGCGAAUCAUUAAAACAAGUUUAUUUAAGUCGA